AGUAGAGGAUGUGCUCGAUCGGGAUGCUAGGUUUCAGUUUCCAGAUUGAUUAGGAACAUACAAUGCGUUGAGCUUUUGAUCUUCCAUUCAUUCAUGUGUUUUUUCUUCGAUGGUUUUUGACUCCUCCGGCCCGGCGAUGCGUGGGAGGUAGGCGACGACAUCAUCCGCCUCUCUCCCCCUCUUCUCGAUCUCGAUCGCAUGUAAGCAUUGAGAAGAGGAAGAGGAGGAGAGAGGAAAGGUGAGGCGGAUCAUUUCACCGGUUCGUCGUCGAUCGAUGGGUAUGGAGGCGCCUCAGCCUGAACAGGCAGCGGGUGAAUCCGUAGAGCAGGGUGCGGCGGCGGGUGGCGGUAGGCUGAAGAAGGGGCCGUGGACGUCGGAUGAGGACCAGCUGUUGGUGGCGCACGUACGGCGGCACGGCGAAGGGAGCUGGAACGCGGUGCGGCGGGAGACAGGGCUGCUGCGCUGCGGCAAGAGUUGCCGGCUCCGGUGGGCCAACCACCUUCGCCCCAACCUCAAGCGGGGCCCCUUCUCGCCGGAGGAGGAGCGCCUCAUCCUCCGCCUCCACGGGCUCAUCGGCAACAAGUGGGCGCGCAUCUCCGCACACCUGCCGGGGAGGACGGACAACGAGAUCAAGAACUACUGGAACACGCGGCGGAAGCGGCGGAACCGCGCCGGCCUGGCCCUGUACCCGCCGGAGGUCGAGCGGGAGGUGGCGCUCGUCCGCGCCGGCAAGCUGAGGCCCAUCGUCGACGCCGACGGCAACGCCAGCAGCCUCCAAGCACCGCUCCUCCUGGACGCGGCCGCUGACCAGUUCGCCUGGCCGGCUGCGCCGCCGUUCCACCCCGCCUUCAACAAUGUCGCUCCUCCGCAGCCUUUCCAAUUCACCGGCCACAACCCGCAGGCCCUCCUCGCAGCGCAAGCUCCUUACCACCACCACGACGAGGUUUCCGCCGGCCUCGACUACGCCAACAAGCAGUACACCGCCGCGCUGGGGAUGGCACCGUUGGUGCCCCCCGCUGCGCAGGAGCUUCCUUCGAACCAAUCGCCCGCGGACGCCGGCGGGCCAUUCGAGAUGCUCGUCCUCGAGCAGGACCAGCGGCUGCCCGGCGCCGCCCUGCUCCGCGUUACGUCCAUGCCGGAGCUGGUCUACCACGAGAACGACUACUCCGCGACGUGGCCGUCCGGCCUCAGCGGCGGCAGUGGCAGCCGAUCCGAAGGCGACGUGACCUCGCACUAUGGCGGGAAACGCGACUGCCUCUUCGGCGCAGAUGGCGUGAAGCCUGCGAAGAGGACGGCCGCGAGCUUGGUGGUGGCGGAGGAGGAGGUGUCCGGCCUGUUCGGCGGCGAAGAGUUGGUGGCCGUGUGGCCGGACAAGUCGCCGGCGACGAUCAUGAAAGACGACUUCAACCUCCAGAUGGAGAUGCAGCAGCUCAUGUCCCCCGUGCCGCUCUCGGCUGACGAACACGGCUUGAAUUAAUUGAUUAGAGAUCCUCAAAAAACAAAAAUGAUUAGCACGACGCCGCUUCGCGAACAAAACUGCAACAGUUCAAAAGAACAAGGGAUUUAAAAGAAGAAAAAAAAUAGUGAACUAGUAAAAAGUUCAGUUAAGGC